AACUGCACCGUCACCGCCAAUGCUGAGUGUGCCUGUCCCAAGGGCUGGGAGUGCAGGGACAAGGAGUGUACCGAGUGUGAUCCAAACCCCUCGCUGAACCCUCGUCCAUCGCAGGGCCCAGGCCCACACCCACAACCCACGCACUUACCUUACACCGAAAAGACGCCAGAGGCCAGGACAGCCAGGUACAUGCAGACCCUGGCUGACUUCACAAGGAGGCCUGCCCCAGCUCUUUCAACCCACUGGCCACCCCAGAGGUCUCUGUGCAGCUCAGAUUGCAUCCGCAUCUUUGUGGUCCUCUCUGGAAUGUUUGUUUGCACCAUGGUCGGAACUCUGUUCUUCCAUCAACAAAGAAAAUAUGGACUAACAAGUGGCUUCACCCAGAAGCAAGGCAGCCAGUCACACUUCCUCAAAGUGAAAGUGAAAGAGAAGUAG